AUGACUUCUUCCAAAAUCAUCACUGUCUAUGGGGCAACUGGUUCUCAGGGUGGAAGCGUUGUCCAGUCUCUUCUCCAGAACAGAUCCCAGUCCUUCAAGAUCCGCGGUAUCACUCGUAACCCUGACUCAGAGAAAGCCAAGGGUUUGGCUAGUCAGGGUGUUGAAGUCGUCAAGGCUGAUGGUUUUGUCAAAGAAGAGGUAGUUGAAGCGUUCAGGGGAAGUUGGGGUGUCUUCGUCAACACUAAUUCGGAUGAUGCUUCUGUCAACCAGGCAGAUGGACCUACUGAACUUGAUAUUGGCAAAGCUGUUGUGGAUGCUGCAGCUGAGGCGGGAGUCCUUCACUUCGUGUAUAGUGGCAUGGCUUCUGCCUCUGAGAUCACUGGGGGCGCCAUCCCCAACCGCGCUUUCGAUAUGAAAAAUGCUGUUGGAAAGUAUGCAAAGAGCAAAGGUGUCUUUGAAACUGUCAACAUUGUCAGUCCUGGCUGGUACCUCGAAAACCAUCUGGUAGAAGAGCUCGCACCUCUACUCGGAGGAUUUCCUUUCUCAGCUGAUGAGGAAGGAUACAUGACUCUGCGUGUUCCUCGCUGGGGAGGUAACGGCGAGAUCCCUUUCAUCUCCAUUGGAGACGACUAUGGUGAUCUCGUGCAUGGAAUCUUCCUUGAUCCUGAGAAGUACAACGGUCGUCUCGUUCAGGGUAUCAGCGCCAGCGAGACUCCUGAGAAGCUUGUUUCUGAAUUUGAACAAGUAAUUGGGAAGAAGGCGCGCUUCGUGCCCAUCGAAGACUGGAAGACCCUGGAGACAUAUGGUGAUCCAGGCAUUGAGACGGUCAAGUACAUGUUUGGUUUCUGUCAGUACUCCGGCGGCUUGUACUAUGGGGUUCCGAAUGACUUGGAGACUGCUGGUGAUCUGAAGGCAAGGGCUGCUGUGGCGAAAGGGUCGGCUGGCGAUGGCAAGCUGAUGACUCUUGGCGGUUUCUGGCAGAAGUACUUUACUUCUUGA